CGAUCCCAUCUGCUUAUUGCCGGCUCCUCAGAUAACAGUGCCCAGACACAGUGCAGCUCUGUGCCUGGCUGUUUCUCUAACAGCCCCAUGGAGUCUGCUGGAGAAUCGUUGCAUUUUGGUAGCUCUGCUCCUUUGGGGAGCCAUGAGACUCAGCCCUGGGAGGAGGAUAUAAGAGUCGAGGCUCGACAACUCGAACGGAGAGCUUCGGUGUCCUCCGAAGAAUCAGAUGUAGAGGCCCCUCCAGUCAUUGUCAGAAAGGUGUCCUUUGCCGAUGCCUUCGGACUGGACCUGGUGUCCGUGAAGGAGUUUGACACCUGGAACACACCGACUCCGGCCGCCAGCAGUCCAUCAGACCACAGCAGCCUCCAGGACUCCGAGGAAUCCUGCCUCUCACGCCUCUUCGCAGUGCCGUCUUCACUGGAGGAACUGAGGCGGACACUGCAAGCACAGAAGAUCCAGCUGGAGCAUGUGGAGCUGCUUCCUGGAACGACAUCACUGAGGGGAACCAUCAGGGUGUUGAAUUUAUGCUUCGACAAGCAGGUAUAUGCUCGGACCACUCUGGACAAGUGGGACUCGCAAUUUGACCUGCUAGCAGAAUUCGUACCGGGAUCAAGUGAUGGUGAAACCGACAGGUUCUCCUUCAUGCUCAGCUUGAUGCCCCCAUCUGAGGGACAAAAGGUUAGGGUGGAGUUUUGCCUCCGAUAUGAGACAGCGAUGGGGACCUUCUGGGACAACAACGGUGGAAGGAAUUAUGUGCUGUUUUAUGACAAAAGGACAGCCAGAGACAUGAAAGUGCGAGUGCAGGAAGAGCUCUUCCAGCCAAACAAGAAGAGCUGUCUGAAGGCCAGCAGAGACAGUCCAGCUGACUUUCAUCUAGCAAAGACUCCUGAUGAAAUUUCAGAUGCAACAGGAAGCGACAAAGAUGUGGCUUCUGCUGGGACACAGUUAGAAGAGGGCCAGCAGUCGGUGGGUUGUGACUGGCACAGCACCCGCAGGAGCAGACGGAGGAUGGCCCGGUUGGUGCAGUUACAAGACCACUUCUCACGCAGAGAGGCAGAGCCUGUGCGGGCAAUCACUCCGGAACCCCCUGCAGUCAGUGUGUCACCGUCAGAGAGUGCCACUUCCUACCCUCCUGGACUGUGCAAGAGCGACAAGGAAGCACAGUCACACCCUCAGGCUACUCUCCCACUCGAUGCUGUAGAUUCGAAAAACAGACAGACUGCUUUCGUGCCAAGAGACCCAUGGGAAUCUUUUCUCAGCAUUGAUAACACAGUGCACGCCACAGCACUGGAGAUGGCCACUUCUUCUAGCCCCUUCUUGGAUCUGCCUCCUUCCUGUUUGCAGGAUGUUAUCAGCCAAUUAGAUUUCAGCAGCAGGCCAGCAGUGUUAACGGAAAACCAUGAGGGAUGCUGCGCACGUGGGUUGGAUUGGCAUCCUCUCUGGGGUGACCUCGAGGUGGAGAUCUGCAGGGUAAACAUGAAGGGCUCAGAUAGCGGUACAGAUGACAGACGGCUUGGUCACCAUCCUCACGUAGAGUCAGAGCCUCACGGGGGAUCCUUUUCUCAAACAGAGUCAUACAAGGAGGAGGCAGAUGUUCGGGGGAGUAGGGAGCAAGCGGGGGCAAGCAGGGGGGGCGGCAGCAAUACUCAGCUAAAUAGUGCAGCUCUCCCCUUUGGCCACUUGACAGAGAUUGCUGUAGAUCAUUUUCCUGUUAGUUCUUCCAUGACCCCUGUUGCUGGGUUUCACUGUCCAACUGAGAAUGACAAAGCAGGUUUCCUGCUAGGAGGGGGAAGAGGUGCUAGUGAGAAGGAUGAACCUUCUGACAAGAUACAAAAUACAGCUUCUAAGGAAGAAAUCAGUCCGGCUGAAGCAGAUGAUCGUUCAACUGAAAAAGACAAAAUAGUCAGCUAUUCACCCGAAGUUGCUGUCAGAGAGCCAAUAGACAAUUCAGUUGACAUCAGUCCAGGCGAGUUGGUUAAGCAUUCAGACAAAAUGACAGUAGAUGAAUUAGUUAACCAGUCAUCUGAGAUCAGUGCAGCUGAGCUGGUUGGCUAUUCAGCUGAAAUCAGUGCAGAUGAGCUGGUUGAUAAUUCAGCUGAAAUCACAGCAGUUGAGCUGGUUGACCAUUCAACUAAAAUCAGUACAAGCAAGCUGGUUGAUCAUUCAGCUGAAACCAGUGCAGAUGACCUGGGUGAUAAUUCAACUGAAAUCAGUGCAGAUGAGCUGGUUGAUAAUUCAACUGAAAUCAGUGCAAGUGAGCUGGUUGAUAAUUCAGUCAAAAUCACCCCAAGCGAGUCAGUCAACCAUUCAGACAAAAUGAUAGUAGACAAAUUAGUUAAACAUUCAACUGAAAUCAGUGCAGAUGAGCAGGUUGACCAUUCAGUUGAAAUCACUGCAGUUGAGCUGGUUGACUAUUCAGCUGAAAUCAGUGCAGAUGAGCUGGUUGAUAAUUCUUCUGAAAUCAGUGCAGAUGACCUGGGUGAUAAUUCAACUGAAAUCAGUGCAGUUGAGCUGGUUGAAAAUUCAGUCAAAAUCACCCCAAGCAAGUCAGUCAACAACUCAGACAAAAUGAUAGUAGACAAAUUAGUUAAACAUUCAGCUGAAAUCAGUGCAGACGAGCAGGUUGACCAUUCAGCUGAAAUCAGUGCAGGUGAACUCGUUGAUAUUUCAGCUGAAAUCAGUGCAGAUGAGCUGGUUCACUAUUCAGCUGAAAUCAGUGUAGAUGGGCUCAACAAACAUGCAAUAAAAAUUAUUCCAAGCAACAUAAUUUAUCAUGCAGCAGAGCUCACUUCGAACCAGCCAGUAGGUCAUUCAGAUAGAAUACAUCCUGGACAGGUGAUAGACCAUACAGUUCAAUGUUAUGGGGACCAUUCAGAGUGGAGAGUGGAUACAUCAGCUACAUCCCAGAAUGCAACACUACAUCUCUUGAACACCAAGAGUGUAGAAAGAAUUUUACUAGAGUACAAGGAAGAGAGUAUGCUGUCUCCAAUAACAGACAGUAUGGUGUAUAACAGAGACUGUCACACAGAGAUGGACAAUGUAAACAUACCACAGGAGCUCAGUAACCAGGAUGAGGAAGAAGAGGCCCCCAUAGAUGAAGGUGACUGUGAAAGAUCACAAGCUAAUGACCCAGAUGAAAGACAACAGGUAGAUGCAUACAGACUGCAAGACAUUGAAAAGGUGAAAAGAGGAAUGGAAAAUGUAUCGAGGGGAAAAGAGGUAGGAGAGGUGACCAGAGGAAGGGAGUGGCCUCAUGAGGUAAAUGCAGCAAGAGAAAAAGUGGUCCUUCCCCAUGCUAAGGGUAGGGGGUUUCUCAGCACCAAGAGCAAGGGUAGGGGGUUUCUAUGCACCAGGAGCAGUGAUAUGUUUAAAGCAGGGCUGGAGGACUUGAAGGACGCAGGGCAGGUGUCAUAUGUGGAGCAGGAUGCGGGUGUUGAAGAGGAAGAUCUGCACAGCACCGUUGUGAGCCUUCCCGGGAAUAAUGAGCUCAGAGUAAAAGACCUCCAAAGGCUAGAAGAGGGACAGCCCCCAGCUGGUGCUGCAGAAGGCCUUCCCACACCUGCUAGCACAAGGGGCUCGGCCGGGGACUGGGGAGACCACAUGCCCGGCAUCUUGACAAAUGAGGACGCUGAGGACUCUCAGGGAAUAGCAGCGUCCUUCCACUUAACCCUGGGAACACAGAAAGAGCCCGUAGCUGUCCGAAUGAGCCCACAGGAGCGAGCAGAAGCUAAGAACACGUACAUGUUGCAUCUGCUGGGAAUAAUCACCCCACAUCAUCUCUUAAGAACAGUCUUAUACCGAGCAGCAUCACUGACAUGUCGGGUCACCAGCCGAGUCACGCGCACAUGUGAAGACACCGGAGUCGUGGUGGACGUGACUCCACCUUCUAGGACGCGGGCGGUGGUGCUAGCAGACGCCGACACACAUUCCCAGAUGGUGAGCCCUGGCGGGCAGCCAAGUCCUGAUCUUUCCAAACUCAUUGUUUUUCCACAGAGACAAUGGUACAGUGAAUCAUGACAGAUUUAAUUUAUGGAGGCAAUCCAGUCAUUGACUUUUAUUUUUUGUAUGUGUUUAACAUGAGGUUGUAUUUGAACAGGGUCAUUUGAUAUGGUUGGCAGCAAUGGUGACCUUUAGUUUCUGGCUCAGUGGUUAAGGCUGGGACACCUGGAAGUGCUCGUCAAGCAGGCUUCAAAAUGCCUAUCUGCCCCAAAGGUCAGCUGGACUGCUAAACCCCCUAGUCUGUCAGGGUCAGUGCAUAUCUGAUCCUGCUCUUCGUGUCUCUUCCCCCUUUGGCCAGCAGGUGUCACUGGCCUUCCUGGAUUGUCACUCCUUGUCUGAAAACCUUUGUAUGUGCAUUUUAUUCCUUGGGCCAUUGCUUAGCUUGGUGGGUUGAGUGUGCAACUCUGAGACUGGUUUCUUCCAGUUGUGGAAUCGAGGUUGGUCUCAUCAUUUAUUUACUGUUUUUUAUUAAUAUUUACUAUGUUCCCCUUGUGUUUGUCGUGUUCUAUUUUGGCUUUCCAGUCAUUGCUUUGCCCUGCUUGUGUUCUGCAUCAAUUGUCUGGGCACACACAUUGAGGAGGAUCUCACUUGGACUACGAAUACCACGGCUAUGGUCAAGAAGGCCCAGCAACGACUACACUUCCUGAGAAUCCUCAGGAAAAACCACCUGGCAGAGAACUUGCUGGUGUCCUUCUACCGCUGCACUAUUGAGAGUGUGCUGACCUACUGCAUAUCCUCUUGGUACACCAGCUGCUCAGCGAUGGACAAAAAGACCCUCCAGAGGGUCAUCAACACUGCUCAAAGGGUCACUGACUGUGCACUGCCUUCGCUGGGGGACAUUUUUAGGUCCCGCUGCUGCACCAGAGCGGCUAAUAUUCUGGGAGAUCCCUCCCACCUGGGACAUCAUCUGUUCACGAUGUUGCCCUCCGGGAAACAUUUUAGGUCUCUCAAUUCAUGUACAAACAGAUUUAAAAACAGCUUUUACCCCACGGCCAUGCGCAUUCUGAAUUCUGUCUAGUCAUUGUUAACACAUUCGGUGCUGAACGAAUGAAGGUAGUGUUGUGCUGCACUUUAAGUCUAUGCAUAAUACAAAUUUUAGUGUAAUUUCAUUGUGUCAUAGUGCUGAAUUUUAUUUAUGUAUUUAAACACUUGUAUUAUUUAUUUAUUUAUGCCAAAUUUGCACUGAAGGGACUGCAUCCAAUUUCAUCGUAUUUUGUAUGAUGACAAUAAAGAUUCAUUUAAUUUCA